AUACCAAAUGAAUCACAUAUAAAAAUGAGAGAGAUUCCAAGCACGAGCUAGGAGAUCCAUUUGGGACGCUAUAAUAUAUCCUAUAAACACAACGACACCGGCUUUGCAUAUUCUAAGCUGCCCAGUUGUCGUUUUGUUUGUUUCCCACAAUGGAAUGCCAUAUGUCUCCCUUGUUCACAUCGACGCUCAAACUCUUUUGUCUCAUUCCAUCUCUUGAUAUAUAAUAUCAUUCUCAAAGGGCCCAAAAAUUAACCAUGGCAUUGGAAGAAGAUCACCCAACAACAACACUUCUCAAGCUCCAGUCAGCAUGUUCCGACCUAAAAACCCUCCUUCGAGCCUCCGAGGAAACACAAGACAACCUGGGAAACACAGACUCAAGGUUUCAUCUCUUACAAGGCUCACUCUCCACAGCCUCCAGAGGAAUCGCCCCUUUACAAUCCCUAGCCAUGUCCAGGAAAGCCCUCGACACGAGAAUCACCAGAGCCUUGUCCCCAGCACUUACACUCCUCAACACCUUCAAGUUCACAGAGUCUCUCCAGAACAGCCUCGUCGUGCUCUCGACCAAGCUGUCCUCGGAGAAGCCGCAUCAUGUGCGGCGUCUCCAGAGGCUUCUGGAGUACACCGAGUGCGUGGAUCAACUGAACGAGGGUUUAAACAACAUAAGCGAUGAGGUGGAGGUGGUGAUCAUGAAACUUCAGGAGGUGGUGGAGUUCAUAAGCCGGACGAAGGCGGCGGAUCAGUACAGGGAGGCGAGGCUGAGGGAGGCGCUGGGGACGCUGAAGGGGCUGUAUGAGAUUGAGGUGGAUGAGAUGAGGUUUCAGGGUUUGCUGGAUCAGGCGUUGGUGCAUGUGCAGGAUGAGUUUGAAGGGUUGUUGCUGAGGAUCAAGCAUAGGAAUUUCGGGGAUUUGGUGCACCAACAUGGUGAUGAUUUCAGGGAAUUGGGGUCUGAACUGGAAAUUCAAGUCCUCAGGAAAAUUUCAACCACUCUUGCUGCCAAUGAUUGCCUAGACAUAUGCAUUGAUAUAUACGUCAAGGCGAGAUAUAGAAGGGCAGCGAAGGCACUAAUGAAGCUAAACCCCGAUUACCUGCGAACAUACACCCCAGAAGGAAUCGACGAAAUGGAGUGGGAAACCUUAGAGACAGCCAUAACCCUUUGGAUCCAACACUUGGAAGUCGCAGUGAAGAAAGUCCUUGUUGCGGAAAAGAAACUCUGCGAAAGAGUCUUGGGCGAUUUCAUGGAGGGACUAAUCUGGCCAGAAUGCUUCAUUAAGAUCUCCGACAAGAUCAUGGCCGUCUUCUUCCGCUUCGGCGAAGGCGUUGCCCGGAGCAACAAAGAGCCCCAGAAGCUCUUCAAACUCUUGGACAUGUUCGAGUCCUUGGAGAAACUCAAACCCGACAUGUCACAAAUAUUCGAAGGCGAAUCUGGUGUAGACAUAUGCACAAGGUUCCGCGAGUUGGAGAAGCUCAUCAUCGAUGCUUCGAGCAAAGUUUUCUUGGAAUUGGGUCUCCAAAUCGAAGGCAACAUCGACGGUCUUCCACCCCCUCAAGACGGUUCCGUUCCAAAACUCGUAAGAUACGCUAUCAACUAUCUCAAAUACCUCACCACGGUUAAUUAUAGAACAUCAAUGGCUAAGGUUCUCCGAACACAACAAACAUGGAAAGAUAGUAGUAGUAGUAGCAAUGACAUGUCUUCGGACGAGGGUUUGUUGAAGCAUGCAAUUAGCAAUGUCAUGGAUGCGCUGCAACGGAACAUUGAGGCAAAGCGUUUGUGUUGCAGGGACAAGGUUUUGGUGCAUGUUUUCACGAUGAAUACUUAUUGGUACAUUUACAUGAGGACGAAGAAUACGGAGCUUGGUGAGGUGUUGGGUGAGAAGUUCAUGAAAGAAGGUUACAAGGCUGUGGCGGAGGAAAGUGCUUACUUGUAUCAGAAGCAAGCGUGGGGGGGUUUGGUUAGGGUUUUGGAUGGAGAUGAUGUGAGGGAGGAAGGGAAAGGGAGUGUGGGAAGAGUGGUGAGUGAAAAGAUUGAGGCUUUUUUCAAGGGUUUGAAUGAGGUUUGUGAGAGGCAUGUUAGAGGGGUGUAUAGUAUACCUGAUGUUGAUUUGAGGGAACAAAUGAGGGAAGCAACAGUGAGGCUUGUGGUGCCUGUUUAUGCUGAGUUUUUGGAGGGUUAUUCGGGGUUGUUGCAGAGGAAAGGGUACCCGAGUGUUGAGAGGGUGAAUGGGUUGGUGGGGAAGGCUUUUGAUGGAGGAAAGCUGAAGGGAAGAGGUUCUGCUUCUAGUGAUUGGAAUGUUGCAAGGAAUUCUGGGUCUCUGGAGAGGGAUGUUGUUAGAUCACGCAACGAUGGUGGUGGUGAUGUUUGAGUUGAGGAUUGAGAUUUCAGAAUGCCUCCUGUUUAAAGCCUCAUAGAGUCACAAUACAAUUCAGCUUGGACUGAAUAUUUAUGCAUUUAUACAACAACUAACUGUAAGAUAUAUGAAGACAUACAUGAACAUUCUUCUUUGUUUUGUGAUUUUUGGAACAAAGUGUGUAGGAGGAAAGAAACAGAUAUAUAAGUAAAUUCAAUGUACCUUAUGAAUUAUGAAGAUAAA